AUGUCGCCAUUCGAAGGUGUCACGGCACCCAGCCAGGAUUCGGACAUUAGUGCUACUGGAGGUUCCCAUCGCCCUGAAAACACCAGUUCACUCGGUGGUCAAUGGAGCCCAGUUCCAGCCUCAGUGGACCCAAAUCGUCCCGAUUACAGUACACCGACACCUAGCGCGCUGCCAGUAGUUAAUCAUGGAGGAACCAUCGAUACCGCAGCACUGGUGGGAAUAACGAUUUCGGCUGUAAUCAUUGUGUUGGCUGUGCAGCGACAACAAAGACCUCGCGUCAUCGAGGAGGGGGAGGAGGAGGAGAAACCGCCAACAUAUGAGGCUGCUGUGUUUGGAAUUUACAGGAAUGAUCAGACUCACCCCUCUUUGCAACAGAUUCCGUCUCAACAGUCAUUUCCAACUCCACUGCCACAAGCCCUCCCGCACUCUAACUAUUCAAAUCCGGCAAGGUCAUUCCACACUGUCGCCCCAAAUCGAAACCUUCAUCGGCUUGAUACUACGGUUCCCCACCAAAAUAUCUCCCAGCAGCACCCUGAUAUCGUAAUCUAUCCGCAUGACUCUCCUCCGCCAACUCCAACGUUGCCAGAACAAAAUCCGUUACCGAUAAGACCGUCAGAGCAGGAGGAUCAAGGGCAUAGAAGCAAUAUCAUUUCACACCAUAUCACGGAUUUUUCGGAGGACUAUCCGGAUACCGUGUCGUUCAAUAGUGAUUUUUCAGAUAAUGAACCGACUUCGGCGGCUGAAAUUGUGUGA